AUGGCGUAUAAUGUCUUUUCCUCUCCCCUCUCCAUUAAUUCAGUGCUUGUCAUCCUGCUUGCUCUUGCAGUCGCUCUUGCGUCUCCAAUACAUCAAACCAUCAUCAACAGCCCAAAGGUGUUUGUUGUCGGCCUCCCUCAAACAGGAACCAAAUCGGUCGGAGAUGCCCUCGAGAAAUUCUCCUUUCGGCGACCAGAAUUGAAGGAUUUUUAUUCCCGGUAUCUAUAUUAUAUGUUCUCGGCCAACUACACAGCGCCUCUUAUCUCCUAUGCGCAAGAAUACGACAUACUAGAAGACAUUCCUUGGGCAAUCGCUUACAAAGAACUUGCGACCGCGUUUCCAGAUGCGAAGUUCAUUCUAACUUUACGUGCGAACGAGAGCGCAUGGCUGGAGAGCAUCGACAAGCACACCCAUCGUCAUAAAUGGAAGGCCAAUAAACGGAUAUUUGGGUGCAAGAAAGUCCGUGGAGAGGAAUGUAUAAGAAAAUACCUGGACGCAUACAGGGCCCAUGUUGAAGGAGUUCGGGACUUCUUUGAUAAGGAAGGAAACGGACGCCUUUUGGAGGUGAUUAUUGAUGCGCCAAUGGAGAUGAGAAGCAUUAAGACAGGGGGUGAAGACACCACAGUGGUCGACGAUAAGUGGCUGUCAUUGAUUGAUUUCUUGCAACUAGAGGGGCGCGUUGAAAGACUUGGAGGGUGGGGAAAUCUAGGGCUGUUUCCAGAGAGCACUGCCAGUAACAAAGCGGGCAAGACGUGGAGCAAACUCCAACAUGCGUGGGAUAGAAUGUUGAAUGCGUGUGAGAACGGUAUAUGGAAGGGGGUCAAGUCCACUGUGAAAGUUGUCAAGGUCUUCGGUUUUCUCGCUGCGAGAGGCUUGUAA